AUGCUCUUUUUCCAUUUGAUCUAUGCUUUUGUGGUGGCGAGAGCAGCAGCUCUGCCUGGAAAUUCCAUCAACGAUUUCGAUGGGUGUCAAAAUACACGUGAAAUCGUAGUUGAUGCUGCACACGUUGUAGGGAAAUUCAAGAAUCUGCAGGGAACCAACAAUGCAAACACAGCAUUGGUCGACGAUCCGAACGACAUCAUUGAUGACAUGAAGCCAGCGAUUGCGAAUCUGUGGCCAGAAUAUGGGAUCAAGCAUGUUCUCAUCUACACUUUCCCAUCUGUAUUCUUGGGUUUCGGCAAGAAUGGAACAGCAGGAGAUGCGACGAACAAUGACAAUUACAACUGGACUGUGACUGACCAGUAUAUCAAAUUCGUGACUUCCCGUGGUGCAGUGGCGUCCAUCCAAUUCAACGAGGCAGACGGAACCAAUAGCUCUAUUUCCUCGCCAGAGAUCCUGGGUCAAAUAGGGUAUAUGAUCACAGAUCAUGCCAUAGAACUCUAUGAUUUCUAUGCUGAGUCCGAUCUGACGAACACGCCAACCAUCGAAGAGGCCUAUGAAAAUUCGUUCAAGUAUUUUGCUGCUUUUGCUAGAGGAGUUGCGAAUGCGAGUACGAAAGCUGGCGUUGUUGCAUGGGGUUCGAACAGAAUUGUGCCCACACAUGCUAACUAUAGCGUGUACGACCCUUACAUAUCCCGCUUCUAUGCCGACUGUGCUGCUCAGAAUGUCCCAAUCAAGGCAGCAACAUAUCAUUUCACGAACGUCCAGUUCUCAUUUGAUCCAUAUGCGGUGAAGACGCUCACAGACAGAUUCCGAGAGGAGAUUCUCGUUCCUGCUGGACUACCCGACCUCGAAGUUUGGGUGACGGAGUACGAGCCUAAUCCUAGCGGUGCCUUGCCAACAUCUGCAUCUGCCUUAGCAUCAUACAACGACCCCGCGUGGUUUGCCGGCUUCUUACUCGGAACGAGUAUGUACGCACAAGACACCUCACUCACACAAGCAUUAUCCUGGACUGGCUUUGGCUAUGGUGGAUAUGGAGCAGGCCAUGCAUAUUUUCAGCCAUGGUUCAGCCUUACGUCCAACAACAAGACAGUCCCACUCAACGCAGCAGCAGCGUGGAAAUUGCAAGCAAGUCUCGUGACGAAUACUUCUCAGAGAUUGGAUCUCCAAGGAUCCAGUCCUGAUGGAUUCGCUGCUCUCGCGGGGGAGUCGGAGAGUGGGGAGAUUGUCCAGGUCAUGCUGAAUAAUUAUCAGCUGGAUUAUGACAUUGUUCACCAUAUUUCAAUACAUCCACAACAGCAUAUCCCCUCAUCCAAGAUAAUGGACUGUUCAACGGAGAACAAGCCUGCUAAUACACCGGUAAUGCUCUGUUUGAAAUACCGAGUAAGCAAUGUCCUCAACCAAAGCCGAACAUCCCCGCUGAGAACAGACACAGUCUGCCAGAUAUACGUUCAAGCCACCAUCCGCGACAACCACAGCGAUUCAUACAGACUUUUGCUGAACAAUCUUCCAUGGAAUAGUACUGAUGCGUAUACCUUGACAAUCCAACGCGUUGGUGGCGGUCAACUUCAUCAGGUUUACAAGACUUCGCACGGUGUUGGGAAUUGCGUUGAUAUCACGGUUCCGUUUCCUGCAAAUGCGCAGGAUCUGGUGACGAUUUAA